GCCCAUCACGCACUACAUACAGUUGGUUGUCUCUAGCUAGUCUGUGCGAUCAAAAAACUUGUGCGUCCGUUGAAACUACUGCAAAUAUGGUUGUGAAAGCUGUCUGUGUGUUGAAAGGAGCUGGAGAGACCAGCGGGACCGUUUACUUUGAGCAGGAGAACAAGGAUGCCCCUGUGAAGCUGACGGGAGAAAUCAAAGGCCUUACUCCUGGUCUGCAUGGAUUCCAUGUUCAUGCUUUUGGAGACAAUACAAACGGGUGCAUCAGUGCUGGCCCUCACUUCAAUCCCCACAACAAGACUCAUGCCGGUCCUAAUGAUGAAGUGAGGCAUGUUGGAGACCUGGGGAAUGUGACUGCUACAGAUGAUAACGUUGCAAAGCUAGACAUCACGGACAAGAUUAUCUCCCUCAAUGGAGAACACUCUAUCAUUGGCCGAACCAUGGUGAUCCAUGAGAAGGCUGACGAUCUGGGAAAAGGAGGCAAUGAAGAGAGUGCAAAGACGGGCAAUGCUGGUGGACGUCUGGCCUGUGGUGUCAUUGGCAUCGCCCAGUAAACAAUUGUGUCAGAACAUGCAGCACUGGAAAAAUGUCUCCCCAUAGCACUUAAGACCAACAUAGCUACUUAAUGUGACAGUUUGACCUUUUUCAAUAUUCUGUGGUGUUUUAUUGACUAGUCAAGAGUAGAUGAGCCAUGCUUAACCUCGUUGUUCCUCAUGUGAGUUGUAUGUAUGGGUUUAUGUCUGCCGAUUUAGUUUUGGUCCCAAAGAAUUGGUAACGCACAAGUAAUAAACAGAUGUAUACAAUUUA